UCAAGGAAACAAGGUCCACGGUCCCAUUCUUCAUUAUGAAAUAUAGCUAGCUAGGAUAUUGUAGUAUGCCUAACAACAUUGGUGCUAGAAAAUUAGCAAUGGCUUUUACUAUACGGCUGCUUCUGUUUUCCUCUCUGUUUCUGCUACCAGUUUCUGUGUUUGCUCAAACUAAUGGUGGCAUAGCAGUGGGGGAUUUCCUAACUGCAACUGCAGCUAACUCCUCACCAUGGCUUUCUCCAUCUGGUGAUUUUGCCUUUGGAUUUUUUCCACUUGGAAGCAAUGAUCUUUUCCUGCUCUCAAUAUGGUAUGCCAAAAUACCAGACAGAACCAUAGUUUGGAAUGCAGAUCGGGAUAAUGAGGCUGCAGUUGCACCCAAGGGGUCAACUGUGAACUUGACUGCCAACAGCGGUCUAGUGCUUAGAAGUCCUCAGGGUGAAGAGCUAUGGAAAUCUGAAACCAGUGUUGGUGUUGUUGCCAAUGGGGUCAUGAAUGACACAGGCAACUUCGUUCUUCAAGAUAGAAAUUCAGAAAGCUUAUGGGAGACCUUCAACAAUCCCACUGAUACCAUGUUGCCUGGACAGACAUUGGAAAGAAGUGGGAAGCUUUCGUCUCGACAAUCGGAGACUAACUAUUCGAAAGGACGGUUCCAGCUGCUUCUGCAAGAAGAUGGGAACCUUGUGCUCAGCACCAUAAACUUGCCCACAAACUUUGCCAAUGAACCUUACUAUGCAACCGACACUACCUCAGGGACUGUGGCAGGUAGUGAAGGUAAAGAAUUGGUUUUCAAUGUCUCAGGCUACUUGUAUGUUCUGAGAGAGAAUGGUGGAAAGUACAAUCUUGCAGUGGGAGAGGUAGUCUCAGCAAGGGACAACUAUAUUAGAGCAACUCUCAACUUUGAUGGGAUUUUUGCUCAAUAUUAUCACCCCAAGAAUUUCACUGGAAAUGUGAGCUGGACUCUUCGGUGGUCAGAGCCAGAUGAUAUUUGCCAAAGAAAUAGAGAAGAUUCAGGUGUUGGUGUUUGUGGGUACAACAGUAUCUGCACUCUCAAAGAUAAGAGGCCAACCUGUGGAUGCCCAAAAGGGUUCUCUUUACUUGAUCCAAAUGAUCCAUAUCGGGGAUGCAAACCGGAUUUCAUACAAGGCUGUGAAGAAGAUGAGCUUAGUCGCACAAACGAUUUAUAUGAUGUUGAGGUGCUAACAAAUACAGUUUGGCCAACCUCAGAUUAUGUGCGGUUAUAUCCUUUUACUGCAGAGAAGUGCAAUGAAUCUUGUUUUCAAGAUUGUUUGUGUUCUGUUGCUGUUUUCAGGGAUGAAACCUGUUGGAAAAAGAAGUUACCUCUCUCAAAUGGGAGAGUGGAUGUCAGUCUUAAUUCAGAGGCUUUCUUCAAAGUCAGAAAGGAUAACACAACUCUACAAUUUUCUCCAAUGCCAAAUCCAGAUGAUAAGAAGAAGAAGUGCAGUAACACUUUGAUACCCGUGGAAUCCGUAAUUCUGGCUACCUCUAUCUUUGUUAGUUUUAUGUUUAGUGCUGCUGUUUGUCUGGGAUUUUUCUUCAUUUUCCGGAAGAAACAAGUAAGGUCUAUCAAAAAUAUGUUGGACUCAAAUUUGUGUUCUUUUAGUUACCGAGAGCUUCAAGAAGCUACAAAUGGAUUCAAAGAAGAAUUAGGAAGGGGUGCGUUUGGAGUUGUUUACAAAGGGACAAUAAAAAUUGGUUCUGGUGUCCAAGUGGCAGUGAAGAAGCUAAACUGUGUGAUACAAGAUGGUGAGAAGGAAUUCAAGACAGAACUGAGCGUAAUUGGUAAGACACAUCACAAGAAUCUAGUUUGCCUGGUUGGGUAUUGUGACGAAGGGCAACAUCGAUUGCUAGUAUACGAGUUCUUAAGCAAUGGCACGUUAGCAAGCUUCCUUUUUGCUGAUACAAAACCCAGUUGGACGCAGCGAAUUGAAAUUGCUUGUGGAGUUGCCAAGGGACUUUUGUACUUGCAUGAAGAGUGCAGCACCCAAGUCAUCCAUUGUGAUAUAAAGCCUCAGAACAUACUGCUUGACGAUUAUUACACUGCUCGGAUCUCUGAUUUUGGAUUGGCAAAGCUUUUGAUGAUGAAUCAGAGCCACACACAUACUGCCAUUAGAGGAACAAAAGGGUAUGUUGCCCCUGAGUGGUUCAGGAACAUGCCAAUCACUGCCAAAGUUGAUGUGUAUAGCUUUGGUGUUGUGCUGCUUGAGAUCAUUUGCUGUAGGAGAAGCGUUGAUGUGGACAAUAGCCGUGAGGAGAGAGCAAUUUUAACGGAUUGGGUCUAUGAUUGCUACCGCGGAGGAAUGUUAGAUGCUGUUCUAGUUCUAGAUAAUGAAGUUCAGGCCUUAGAUGAUAGAAUGAAGCCGGAAAAGCUUGUGAUGAUUGCUAUUUGGUGUAUUCAAGAUGACCCGUCUCUUAGACCAACUAUGAGGAAAGUUGUGCAGAUGCUUGAAGGCGUGGUGGAAGUGCAUGUUCCUCCAUGUCCAUCCCCAUAUACCACCAGAACAGGCUGAAACCAGCUUUGUUUGUAUUGCAUUGCAUUGCAGCUAAGGUUUUACUGCCAGUACUAGCUUAUUUCCUGCUUGUCAAUGUUCUUUUUUUUGGAUUUGAUUCUGUGAUCACACUAGUUUGUAGUUCUGCAUUGUGAUCGCUUCUUAGAUAUAUGUAUCAAUUUUAUUUGGCCAUAGUAUACUGGCGAUAAUAAGAAAGAAUGCUCUAUUUAUGUAA